AGCAAGCUCUCCUAAUACCGUUCACAUUCGAAUAGCGAAAAAGAAAAGAAAAAAUGUUGGCCAUAUUCCACAAAGCUUUUGCUAAUCCACCAGAUGAGCUCAACAGUCCUGCAUCUCGAAAUGGUAAUAAGAAGCCCAAGCUUCCAGAAGAGACUCUGAGAGAGUUCCUCUCUCAUUAUCCAGACAACACUUUCUCCAUGAGCUUUGGUGAAGCUGCCGUCCUUGCCUAUGUUCGCCCUGACAACUCUUUCUCACAGCAUCAAAGGUUGUUUUGUGGGUUUGAGGAGAUAUACUGCCUGUUCUUGGGGAGCUUGAACAACUUGUGUGUACUGAAUAGGCAAUAUGGUUUGACAAAGGGGACUAACGAGGCCAUGUUUGUUAUCGAAGCUUAUCGGACUCUUCGUGAUCGGGGUCCAUACCCUGCUGAUCAAGUUGUCAAGGAUCUUGAUGGAAGCUUUGCUUUUGUUAUCUAUGAUAGCAAAGCUGGUACCGUCUUUGUUGCGCUGGGCUCUGAUGGUGGGGUGAAGAUGUACUGGGGUAUCGCAGCUGAUGGUUCUGUAGUAAUAUCUGAUGACAUAGAAAUCAUAAAAGCAGGCUGUGCCAAAUCAUUUGCUCCCUUCCCAGCAGGAUUUAUGUUCCACAGUGAAGGAGGAUUGAUGAGCUUUGAGCAUCCAAUGAACAAGGUAAGAGCAAUGCCAAGGGUUGAUAGCGAAGGAGCGCUGUGCGGUGCAAACUUCAAGGUAGAUGUAUACACAAGGAUCAACAGCAUACCACGCAGAGGAAGUGAAGCUAAUUGGACCCAAUGGGACUCCCACAACUGAAAAUAUUUCUAUUUGUUCCCUUAAUAUUAAGCUGCCAUGUAAUGUUUUAUAAUUCCCGUGUAUUUUUCCUCUGUUUUCUUUCCUAUGUUGUCGUCUUUCGAUUAAUGCUAAUAUUUUACUUGAAAAGAAAGAAAAGCUUUCCAUGUGUACUUGCUUACGGUCUGCAGCCACAUCAUGAAGAAAAUAUAUCUGCUUAUUUUAGUA